AUGGGAGAGGGCGGGCCCCGGAGAAGAGGGCGGGUCCCGGACGAGAGGGCGGGUCCCAGAGGAGAGGGUGGUUCCCAGAAGAGAGGACGGGCCCCAGAGGAGAGGGCGGGUCCCAGAGGAGAGGGCGGGUCCUGGAUGAGAGGGCGGGUCCCAGAGGAGAGGACGGUUCCCAGAGGAGAGGGCGGGCCCCUGAGGAGAGGGCGGGUCCCAGAGGAGAGAGCGGUGCAGUACUGGCUUCAUCAGCUGGCUCUUGAGUUGGAGGAGAGGCUGACCAAAGACAGAGAAGCAAAUGGUCGGGUGGCAAAGCUGCUGACAGUCGGCGUGCGUCAGCUUGGUGAUAAGAGGCCGAGCAGCUUCUCUCGAUGUUGUGCGUUAGUGCGCUACGAGGCGACCAAAUUAUCCAGCGACAGCUUGGCUAUUAUCAAGAGCCUCAACACAGCAGGAAACCACCAGGCCGCAUGGACUCCACCUCUCACCCUGCUACACCUCUCAGCCAGCAAAUUCAGUGAUGCUCCAUCUGCUGGAGGGAUCGCUGGCUUUCUGUCCGGUGGUGUCACUUCGACUCAGAGCCUUUUCUCCUCCACUCAGCCACCGUCUGACUCCAAAACUGGGUCUGCAUGCAGUCAGCUGGGGACCAUUCAGUCUUUAUUCCAAAAAGCUGCUUUGAAACAAAAACAAGCUAAAAACAGUGUUGAGGAGGAAGAUGAUGGUGCAUCCGCCGAAGUUCUCUCUCCAAUAAUUCCUGAUGAAGCUGCCUCUGAGAGUCCGCUGAAGGCAGAAACAAACCCACCAGAAUAUCCCUUUAAAAGUUCGUCUCACACUAAAAAGGGCUCAUCCAGCUUCCGCUCUGGAAUCUCCUUUUUUCAGAAGAUCAUUGAAAGAAGCUCAAAGGUCUCGACCUCAACGAGCACACCCGAACCAGGACAGGAACCUGGAAUCCUACAUGCAGGUGACCAUGACGACUCUGUCGUCGUGUCAGCCCUACAGUCAAGACCAAGCUCUGAGGUUUCACCUCAAGCACCAUCUGAAGAGAUAAAAGAGGAACCGGAGGUCGAAUCAGGAGUAAAGUCCCAUCCUCAGAGUGAUGAUUUUGUAAGCUGUGAGCGCUGCGGUCUGGAGGUCCUCGUCUGGAAAAUGCCUGAACACAGUGACUAUCACUUUGCCCUGGACCUCCAGAAAUCCCUCUCAUCUACAAAUUUAUCAACUGCUUCUUCUUCGUCCAGUGCUGCUCCAUCUCCUCUCAGGUUAGGAGGAGGCGCAGCCCAGUCGUCCAGGGCCAAAACAAAAACCAAAGGCCAGUCCGGUCCUGCCGCAAAAAGACGGCGCUCCCAGGGUGGAAGUGUGGGAACUCUGGAUUGUUUUUUCAAAAAGAAUGAAAAAUUUUGAG